GACCCGUCCUCCCCGGUGCGCCCCAUGUGAGGCCUCUCCCCGAUUCCCUUGCAGGCGAUGGAGCCCCACGGGCUGCCUUGGCUGCAGAGCUUGGACAAGCACAGCCGCCUCCUGCUCCAUGCGCUGGCCUCCGGCUCCCGUGGGACACUGGCUGCGCUCCGGAUGCUGCAGCGGGUCCAGCCCGGAGAGGAACCAGGGCCCGUGUUUCCCUGGCAGACCUUUACUACAGCCCUGUGUGCCGAGGAGCCUGCGCUGGACGGGCCGGAGGGGGCCCUGGCUGUGAAGCCCCGGCUGCUGCUGCUCCCUGUUGUGUGCCAGAGAAACCUCUUCUCCCUGCUGCUCGUGGUGCAAGCCCUGGUGCCGGGGAGCUGCCUCGAUCAGCUGCUCCAGGCACUGGAGCGGGAUUCCCAUGUGGAUCCCUGGGUGCGGGCACUGGGGGAUUUGCUCCGGCAGGAAGCAAGGGCAGCAGCAUGCUGCCCAUCUCCUGGUCUCUUGUCUUCCAUGUGCCAGCAGCAGCUUAGAUGCCUGGGCCAGAGAAUUGGCCAGAACGAUCCAGAGGGGCGAAGGAAACUGAAGUGGUGCUUCAGCAAACAGCCCAGCGGCACUGGGGAUGGGGCUGACUCUGUGCUUCACGGUGGGAAGCACAAGGAAGUGUCAGAGGAGAGCCUGGAGUUGGAUGAGGAGAGAGAAGGGAAGAGGAUGCUGCUGGAGGAGGUGGUGUUUGACCCCCCAGGAAUGCAGGAGGUUGCGGAUGUGGCAGGGAUGGAAGAGGAGAUGCCAGAGGAGUCUUCGGGAGAUGGAUCUGCACAGAGCCCAGGUGGGGCUGCUCUGGAAGGCUCCCAGCAGGAAGCUCCAAGGAAGAUCUCCCAGGCAGAGGUGGCAGUGGAGGUCCAGUCCUUUCUCCAGCUGCAUGGACCAAGGCUGAAGAUGCUGCUGCAGAAGGAGUCCAGUCACCCAGAUCUCAGCAUCCCGCCCAAGCUGCACGUCCUGAACAGCUGCUCUCCUGCCCAGCUCGAGGGGCUGUGCUCCUUCCUGCAGCUCUCCACGUGCCCGGAGCACCUCCUGGUGCGUUUCUGCAGCUGGUUGUUGGUUCUCAGCCCUGAGCUCAGCUACACCAGCGCGGCCACCCUGGCGCAGCAGCUCUUCCUCAGGCGAGUCUUGUCCCUCACCCAGCCGCCCUCCCGACACCUUAUGGCUGCCCUCACUUCGUUUUGCUCCAAGUAUUCCCAGCCCUUCUGUCAUGUCCUGGUGGCUGCGGUCCUGCAGGAGCCUGGGGAAGGUGCUGAGCAGACCAAGCUGGUGUGCGAGCUGGUGGAGGAGUGCCUGGAGCCAGACUCUGUGCGGCUGGUGCUGAGCCAAGUCUUGGAGGUGCCUUUGUCGGAGAAGCUCCUGCCCAUAGUUCAGGCCGUGCUGGGGCGGCAGGAGGUGCUGCCCCCGGAGCUCUUUGAUGGCCUGGUGCUGGCGCUGUGCCGGCAGGCCCCAGCCCUCGGCACGUCGCUGGGUUACGCCGGGCUGGUGAUGGCUGUGCUCACCACGUACCAGAGCCAGGUGUGCUGGUCCCGGAGCCUCCGCGCUUCGCAGAUGAAGCCGCUCGCAGGGACCUCGCUGGGAGAGGAGGAAGAGGAGGCACAGGGGCUCGCCCAGGGGCGCCGACGGCGGCAGAGGCAGAGGAUAAAGGGGCCCAGCCCCUCACCUCAGAGGGAGCAGCAGGCAGAGCUGGCCAGGCUCCCUGUGUCUCCAGAUGAAGGGAGGAUGAGCAGUCCCCAGGGACACCCAGACGGGGUUUUGGCUGGGAGUGAGCAGAGUGUGGAGCACGUUGGUGAGGUGCCAGGUAUGGACAGGCAGGAGGUGGCUGUGCACACCAGAGACAGUGCUGGGGCCAAGGAAGAUGCAGAAACCCUAGAGGAGCCACUGCUGAGUUUCCCCAGUGAGCUCGCAGUGCUGGAGAGACUCGGCUUGCAUGGGGUGGCUUUGACAGAGCAGGAUGUGGAGGCAGCCUUUGCCCACCUCGCCCUGGCUUUUCGCUGUGACGUGUUCACCCUGCGGCAGCGGGUGCAGGUGGAGAAACGGGCACGGGAUGCGGCAGAGGAAAACAUCCAGGAGGAGCUGGGGCAGUGCCGGGCUGCUCUGGAGAGGCUGGGUCCAUUCUGCACUGACAGCGGCUGCAGGGAGACACUGGAGCAGCUUCAGCACAGCCUGGCCGUGCUGGCGGCUGCUGUGGAGCGGGCAACCAGUGCCGCAGAGAAGCUGGGGGCUGUACAUCAGGAGGCCCGGAUGAGCCGAGCAGCGGAGGUGAUGGUCCAGCACGUGGAGAACCUGAAGCGGCACCACCUGCGGGAGCACACGGAGCUGGAGGAGAUGAAGCGCCUGAUCCAGCAGAACUCCCGCAACCGGCAGCUGGCAGAGAGCCAGGAUGACGCGGAGCCACGGCUGAGGCCUCAUCCCCUGAUGCGAACUUUCCAGCAGGGGUCUGCCCGCCGCAGAGUCAGCAUCGCCGUCAUCCCCAAGCAGCUCUUGCCAGGUGCCAGCCCUGAGAGCCGCGUGGCGCUGGCCGGUGAGCUGGAGAGGGACGGGGCCCAGCGCUGCCGCAGCACGCAGAGGAGUGAGCUGGAGCCGCAGGGCCAGGGCAGUGCCGUGACCGGGGACCCAGAGGCUGAGGCACAAGACAAAGGCUCAAGCGCAGGGAACAAGGAGCCGGAGCAGCUUGGGCUGAUGUCCAAGGGGUCCCCAGAGGUGCUGUGGCGGCCGUGGCUCUUCCUCCCACAGCACUACUGGGUUUUCUUCUGGCUGCUUCUCCUGAGCAUCGCCUUCCUCCUCCUCAUCCGUGCCCUGGAGCUGCAGCAGCUACAGUCUGUGGCAUCGCCCAAGGCCUAAGCCUGAGCAGGAAGGGGAGGUCCCUCAGUCUCCAUCAUUGCUCGCUCUUCACACUGUAAACCACCACAUCCCUAGAAUAAUAAAAUUGGAGGGAAAAUGGGGGGAUUGUAA